GUAUGGCGCCCAAGUAUAUUAGAGAUGUAAUCUCGAUAGAGGCAGUAUGUACAUGUCUAUUUUAGAAUGGGGCAUAAACUAGGCUGGAGAAGUUGAUUUGUAAGUUCGUGGUACGAUAAACUUUGUUUCAGAAACUGUUUGCAGUUUGCAGUUAACCUAACCUAAAUGUACACAGCAACGAGCUGUUAACCAAGGCCACCAUUCACAGUACAGCCAGGACACAGUUUGUGGCCGAUACAGAUAUCAUUGGACCAAUAUCGUUGAACCAUGGAUACGAGUAGCAUCAGUACCUUCCACACUGCCGACUACGCCCUUUUUGGGCUUAGCCUCGCAAUAUCUGUCGGUGUCGGGAUAUUUUACGCCAUCAAAGACAGGAACAAAGCGGACACCGAGGAAGUGUUUCUGGGCGGACGUAAAAUGUCAGUUAUCCCCGUGGCCUUGUCUCUGCUCGCCAGUUUCCAGUCCGCAAUCUCUAUCAUCGGGAUACCGGCGGAGGUGUAUUUCAGGAAUACAAUGUAUCUAUUAUUCGUACUUUCCAGCCCAUUGGCUAUUUUCUGCUGCAACUACAUCUACAUACCCAUUUUCUACAAUCUGAAAAUAACCAGUGCCUUCGAGUACUUGUCACUUCGCUUCCACAUCUCGCUGAGGACGGCCACAUCGGUGCUGUACUCCAUCCAAAUGUUGUUGUAUAUGUCGGUGGUGCUCUACGCCCCUUCCCUGGCGCUAAGUGCAGUGACUGUUCUGCCGUUGUGGCCAGUUGUAGCCACUGUCGGAGUCGUCUGUAUCUUUUAUACCACGAUAGGCGGUAUGAAGGCGGUGGUGUGGACAGACACGUUCCAAAUGCUAGUGAUCUUUGCCGGGCUGCUGGCUGUUUUGAUACAGGGGAGUUUAGUGACUGGCGGAUUAGCGAACGCUUGGACCAUCGCCAGUGAUCACGGAAGAAUAAAGUUCAACGAAAUCAGUGGUGAUCCGACAGUACGGCACAGUAUCUGGUCCUUGAUCAUUGGCGGGGCAUUCACAAAUAUGGCGGUUUACGGGACGAACCAAGCUCAGGUGCAGAGAGCCUGUGCAUGCCCAACCCUGACGAAAGCACGAGUGGCCUACUGGCUGAAUGUUCCCGGCCUAAUGAUCAGCGUCUUGCUCUACGUCCUCAUUGGCGUUGUCAUGUUUGCGUAUUACGUGGAUCGAGACCCGCUGGAGUCUGGCAGGAUUGCCGCCCCUGAUCAGACCUUACCGAUAUUUGUUAUGGAUAUCCUUGGGAACUACCACGGGGUGCCGGGACUGUUUGUGGCCUGUCUGUUUAGUGGAGCUCUCAGCACGAUAUCCUCUGGACUGAACGCUAUGGCGGCUGUGACCCUCCAGGACGUCGUCAGACCUCACAUCGCCCCGAAUAUGAGCCAGACAACCGCCACCUGGGUUGCCAGGGGCCUGGCCGUUGGGUUAGGGGUGAUAUGUCUUGCGUUAACCUAUGUGGCAUCCUGGAUGGGCAGCAUUAUUCAAACAGUCCUAUCCUUCUUUGGUGCUAUUGGAGGUCCUAUCAUGGGCGUGUUUACAUUAGGCAUCUUCUUUCCAUGCGCAAAUUCUUACGGAGCUUUCGCUGGCCUCAUCUCUAGCCUCGGUCUCAGCGUGUGGAUUUUGAUUGGCGCUAAGGUGACAAAGACACCAUUAACUCUGCCUAGCGACAACAGCACAUUUGCCAACUUGACCACCGUAAGCCCACCGGCCGACACCUUCACCAAUCCGCUACUCCCACUGUAUCAGCUAUCCUACCAGUACUACAGCCUGCUCUCUGUCGUGGUCUGUAUUAUUGUUGGCUUACUCGUAAGCGCAGUGACGUGUUUUAAACAGCGUCACCCACCGGGAUCAGACCUGAUAUUCCCGUAUCGCUCUGUGCUCAACCCCUGCUUGCCCAAAGGCCAUCGGCUUCGAAAGAAGGAGGAAUAUCAAUUUGAGACUGUGUCCCAGAUGGACGAUGAAUCGUCAAAUGUGGACAAUUGUACUGCUGCAAAGAACACGUAAAACGUGAACCGUAGGAAAAAGAGUAAACCAGAACAAGACACGCUUUAUGCAAGAAAAUGUCAUUAACAUUUGCUACCCGUACCCCAAGAGGAGACGGAUCGAGAUACCGCUGGACCUGUGCCCCUUUGCCAGCCAUUUUGGAGAGAUUGUUCACACAUUUUUGCUGGUAAAAAACUAUCAAGCCUAUAAAUCUCGACAGAUAGAUUUCUUGGGAUUUGCAAAAGACGAGUCAACAGAAGCAUUUCUUUAACUUGCUGAAUAAAGACAUAAACAUUGCCCCCCAAAAUAGUUGGAUUUAUUUUUUUAUAAUUUUUUUAACCGAGUAAAACGCUUUUGAAAGUCUGGAUUUGACGAUGGCCAUUUCUCACCAUAUUGGGAUCAGCGACGUCACAUGGGGUUUUUGCGACUUAACACAGACAAACCGCGAGAUGAACUAUUUCAAGCAAAAAUAUAGGUGUGACGUCAUUGAUACCAUUUGUCUCUCAAACUUUAUUCCUGGAUACUGUUGAAUAGUCUUUAAUCUGAUAUAUCCUUUAUUUUAGAAUUUCCUUUGCCUUUUAAUGGCUUUUAUAAACCUUCAUAUGGAAAAGCAAUAAUUACAAAUGUCGUUAAGCAUUGUCUUUGUUCUGACGUUCCUGUUCGGUCUUACGUGAGAAGGUCUGUCAACAACCUGCGGGUAGUCUUGAGUUUUGCCUGGAUUCGGUCUGGUUGCUUCCCACCAUAAUACUGACCAUGAAUGCUUGCCUAACUUCAUGAAACGAACAAAAGGUUGACAAAGAGCGGGAAAUAUAUAUUCUAUAUAUAGUCAAAAUAGAACACCAGAAGAGUGUUGCGUGAAGAUUUUAGGAAGAAAGCAAGUUUUGUUCAAUUGCUGAAUCUUGCGUGUAUUUUGAGAAAUGAUUACCAGCUUAUAUACUUCACAAUGGUUUAAUACACUCCAUAUAGUUUAUGCCAAAAAAGGCAUUGUAAAUAUUAUUAUCCUUUGUUCCAAAUUAAACACUUGGUGGUUUA